AUGGGCGUUUUGAAACUUACACUAUGUUUGUCAAGUGUAAUAACAGUUCUCGUGUCUGUUCAAGCUGCAAAGCUGAGAAAGGUGUCAGACCCGUUGUCAAAAGAACUAGUUAGUUCUCCGUCAUCAUUGAAUUUACUUUUGUCAACUACCGACAGUAUAACACUUCAGUUUUCGUAAGUUUUGGCAAGAUUAAGGCUAGUUUAGACCAUUUUCUCAAUUUUUCAAUCAAUUUCUAUCCCUUUUUGUACGAUGUUCGUAUACUUUUUAUAAAUUUCUUGUUUUGACACGACCAUAUUUGAACAAUUGUAGUAAGUUUUUUCUUAUUUUUGUUUUAAUUUUUAGGAAACCAAUCAAUGACACAGUUUCUAUCAAGUUCAAACAAGCGGAGGACUUUUUAGUAUCUCCUGAGGCAAUCAACUUUAAUCCCAACCAUGUUUCCAACGUGAUCAACAUUACAGCAACUGGUGUGGUAUCGAAUUGUUACUUGGAGAUUGAAGAAUGUAGUGAUCCAUGUCCAUUUGAGUAAGGAUAGUAUCAUUUUUUGUGUUUUUUGGUGUUUAGGUAUCAAAAUGAUAGAAAGGAAUCGUUAUAUAGCUAGAAAUAGAUAAAAAGCGUAAUUUUUUAACCGGAAAUUAUUUUAAAGGCUUAUUUUAUUGUUGUAAAUAACAAUAAUUUUAGUUACAAAGAAUUCUACGUUCCAAUAACAAUAUACAGAAGCGAAAUUGCCUAUCUUCUUGUUCAAGUCACUGGCUGGAUUUACUUCUUUGCAUGGAGUAUAUCAUUUUAUCCCCAGGUCUUUCUGAACUACAAAAGAAAGUCAGUUCAUGGUCUACACUUUGACUUCCUCCUGUUGAAUACCGUUGGGUUUACUGCGUAUGCCAUUUACAAUCUGGCUAUGUACUUUUCGACUUCAGUUCAAAGUGAAUAUCUGGAACAAGAACCGAGGGCUCAGAUCCCAGUGCUAUUCAACGACGUACUGUUUUCGGUACAUGCUUUGAGUGCAUGUCUGUUUACCGUUUUUCAGUGCUUUAUUUACGAUGUAAGUUUAGUACUGGCAUAUCGUCGUAUUUGGGGGAUGGGAGGUGUACUUUUGAUUAAUUUUUAGCAGGAGAGAGGUUGAUACUACAAUUUAGCUAUGGUACGCCGUAGUCUUAUCACAAGGACUAUUAUAGAGCAGACAACUACAAGAACUUUGUCUUUAAAGCAAAAAAUGACAAUAACUUUCUUUACAAAACAAAAAAAGGCAAUAACUUUCUUUACAACGCGAAAGUCAGAAAGAAUUUUAAUUUAAAAACAAAAAUUUUCAGCGUGGACAACAAAGAAUAUCUCGUCUUGGUAUCGGUUUAACUACAGCUCUAGUUGGAGUUGGUCUGAUCGGCCUCUCUUGUCUUAUAUUUGGCAUUUUUAAUGCCCUAAAGACAAUUACAUUGCUGUCGUAUAUAAAAAUGGCAGUGACUUGUUACAAGUACAUUCCACAAGCCGUCUACAACUUCAAACGACAAUCGACUAUUGGCUGGUCGAUUGAGAACCUGAUGUUGGACUUCACUGGAGGCAGCUUCUCGAUCUUACAGAUGGUCAUUGUUUCUUGGAAUACUGGUAAGAAAUGAUCUUUUUGUUUAGCGAAGAUUAAAAAAUGGCAAUAACUUUCUUUACAACACAUAAAAUGACAAGAACUUUCUUUACAAAGCGUACGAUAUUCAUAACUUUAAAUGUUUUUGGUACUAUUUAGUACUAUUAGGUCGCUUAUCUGUGUUUUCAAAGAAUUUUUUUUGGGUUUAGGGGCAAAGAAUCUUUUGGACACUUUAUUAUAACAAAUUUUCAAUUUUCAUGGUUUUAAUAUCGAGAUUUACAGAUGAUUGGACACCAUUUACUGGUAAUGUUGUGAAAUUCUUGCUUGGAAUGGUAUCCAUGGUCUUUGACAUUAUCUUCUUUGUUCAACACUUUUGUUUGUACAGAAACCGAGAGGUGAGUUAUGUAAAAUACGUUUUUUUCAAGUUUUUGAUUUAUAAGACUCAAAUGAUAUAGUAAUAACUAAGAUGCACAAUAUAUAUCUGUAUCUUGAUGAUAUUAUACUUGAACUACUUUUUAAUGAUUUAAAGUUAUAUGGUAAAAAGAUGAUGUAGUAGGUUGUGAUUGUUGUACCAAGAUGUUUUAUGGCAUAUAUGGAUCAAAAGUUGUUACUGUCGCGAGUACAGUAUUAGCUUUUGCAAUGAAAAUUAAUAUUUUAGUACCAAUGUUUAUUUUUUAAGUUUUAAAACUAAAAUUUUGUUGUAGGAGUUAACCCAGAUCUUCAACGACUCCUCCGAAUCCGUUGAUAACAUUCCAAUCGUUGAUCAGAUGGAAUCGAACGAAAACGCUUGA